AGGAACCAAGAAUGGAUUCGGACCUCGAUGAGCAUGAUGAACCAAUGUAUCCAAGGCGUUUAGCUCCAAAUUAUCUUAAAUUCAUGAGAUAUAUGAGGACGACUCUUGAUACUCCAUUAUUCUCAGGAGGAGCAAACCCAUUCGAUGCUAAUGGAUGGAUCAAGCGGUUGGAAAGGAACUUCAUUACUUGUAAGUGUCCCCUAGAGUUUAAGAUGGAUAUUGCUGUGGGUUUCUUGGCUGGGGAUGCUUUGUUCUGGUGGCAAGAAGUUAACCGUGGGAGCAAUGUGAAGACAUGGACAGAGUUUGAAAUUGAAUUCAGGAAGCGGAAUCUUCCACCGGAGGCUAGGGAUUCCAUUGAGCUGCAGUUCUUUGAGCUAGUACAAAGGAGUAAGUCCGUUAGGGAGUAUGAGUCUGAGUUUUGGAGGCUUUUCUAUUUCCUUCUCGAAGAUUAUGACAAGGAGCAAGCUGAUAUUCGUAGGUUCAUAAGGGGACUGAGACCCGAGAUCCGAACAUAUCUAACCGGUAUAAAGUUUAAUCGGCUAGCAGAUGUUGUCCAAAAAGCUACUAUAAUAGAAGCAAACAUUCUAGAGGAGCAGGUUGCAACCUUCGCUUUGGGGAGUAAGGCAUUACAUCCAUCAUGCACUGACCAUGCAGGCAACUCUAGAAAGAACAAAUCCGGAAAGAAAAAGAAGUGUACAGCCUGCGGGGGACACCAUUUUGGACCAUGCUCAUCCGCUAAAGUUUGCUACAACUGUGGUAAUCUUGGUCAUAUUGCGCGAAACUGUAAGAAUGAUGAUGGAAAAGGAUCAGCUACAAUGCCUCCCACAAAGCGUCAAGCCCGCAAUGCAAUGGAUGCUUCUACUUCUUCUUAAUUCCGGUAACAAGAACCCGAUGCACGGGUAAUCUAGUGUAAAAUUCAAGCCUAAUAUAUAUAUUUUUGUUUGUACAGCGGCUAAUACUAUCGGCACUAUGACUAUAACUACCCUAUGCUACCUGCUUUUUGGCUUGUUUAUAGACUCCGUUCACUACCUUGUUUAUAGCC